AUGAGUGGUCGUGAGAUCGCGACGGACGUAACUGAUUUUCUUAAGAUCCAUAUCAAGGCGUCGACGAGAUGUCCACACACGAGCGAGACCGUGGCCUCAAACAAGGACGUGCUGCUGCUGCCGCUGAACUGCAGACGGCUGGCUGACUACCAGAAGAGCAGCAUCUCACCCGACACAUCUGAAGUGUCCGCCUUCGAAGACUCCUUGUCGAGCGAGGAAGGGCUGCGAGAGGACCACCGAAGUGUGCCGUCGAAACCCGCGCCGGAGUCGGCCGGAAUCAAACCCGAGACCGGGUGUUCUGAGACUGGGUCGCGUAGUGGCGAGAUGACACGGAAUGCGGAGGCGGCGCUAAGUCAAGAGUCGAUGGCGACUCGGGGCAGUGUGGAGUCGGGCUUCAACGUGUUCACGGCCGCGGCUACGGGGUCGCUACCACGUCGGACAAGUCCUGUGCGGUUUGCGGACUUGUUGGUGGACUCUCUGGAUCGGGAGUCGGAGGUAAAUAUGACAUGUACGGCCUGCCAUCGACGAAGUGGGAUCAAACCGCAUCGGAUGCGAGAGGAAGUCACACGACUCCCAGCCGUCCUGGGUGUCAAGACGGAGGGACUUGAGGACCUUUGGCCUGUCAACGACACACGUUUGGUCGUGCGAAAAUACACCAAGGCAAAACAGGAAGGAAGAAACGCACGCGCCGGCGCCAUGGCCGAAGAACUUACAGCACAUCUGAACGAUAGCCUCCUGCCAUCUACCAUCUAUGUCACGAAGCGAGGUAAAUGGGACGUCAAAGCACCGACCAGAAAGACCACUCGGAAUAUGGGCAGUGGCAAAGACUCCUCGGGUGGCAAAGACUCUUGGGGUGGCAAAGACUCCUCGGGUGGCAAAGACUCCUCGGGUGGCAAAGACUCUUCGGGUGGCAAAGACUCUUCGGGUGGCAAAGACUCUUCGGGUGGCAAAGACUCUUCGGGUGGCAAAGAUUCCUCGGGUGGCAAAGACUCCUCGGGUGGCAACAGGUUUGGUAAACAAUGGGUCUUGGAUGGUUACGUGGAGUACUCCUUGUUCUGUGUUAUGGCAGCAGAGAACAUUAACUGGGAUCGCAAUUCACGACACACUUUGUACAAGAUCUGGCACCAUGAUAUGAUGUCCGGGAACUUGUUUUCUGGAGGUGGUCAUGUGGAUGAGAAUUCUGCUCCAGACUCCUCCUCGGAAUUAGUUGACGCAGAUGGCAGCGACCCCGCCUCUGAAGAAGAGCGUCCUGUUGGACUAUUGGAAAAACUGCGUCUUACCGAGGUCGAAGAAAUAACAGCUGAAAGACCCCCCCUCGAAGACACCGUAAUUUCCUAUGUCAAGCUCCCCUCAACUGGCCAAUGGGUCCUCUUCAAUGGACCUCUUACAUGCCCCGUAGAGGAGGAUGAUGUAAAGGCUUUUGGAAUACCUUAUAGGAAGCCGAUUUGCAUCUUCUACAAAAGGACUUCUCCCAUUACGAUACAAUUACGAAAAGAAUGUACAAAACCAACCUUCGACUCCUCGCUACCACGAAAUCUCAGCGUCGCUGUCAACAAGCUUACCAGCCCCCCCUUCACUCCCAUGACUCAUACUGAAGUGAAACUUGUAGAAGCCGGCAGAUUUACGAUGGCACUGGAUGCAGAGUAUGUGGUGACCUCGUACAUCACUAAAUGCAGGGACAAUUUAUUGGGGUCGGUUCCUCAAUACGCAUUAGGUCGGUUGUCAGGAUUGCGAGGUGACGACAUCUUUACUGACCCGAUUUGUAUUGCUGACUACUACGUUAACAUGUGUGGUGGAGGCCAUCACAGUCCAGGACAUGUUAGUGGACGGUCAUGUUGUGGAGUGCUGGAUUAUAGAACAGAGUACUCAGGCUUACAGUUCGAGGACUUAUGUCAAAAGAGCAGCGACCAUUGGCUGACAACACGGUCCUAUAUCUACCGUCUUGUUAGAUACCUUGUCCGUCACGGAUGUCGUUUCGUAGGACAUGAUCUUUUCAACGAUUUCAGAAUCCUUGGAAUUAUGGUUCCGUCGAACCUCAUCAUCGAUACAGUACUCAUCUAUAGACUUAGCUCCAAGUCCAGACUACUCUCACUCAAAUACCUCUCCUAUCACGUACUCAAGCUCACCAUCCAAUUAAAUACACACGACAGCAUACAAGACAGCUGGGCCUCUUUAUUACUAUACAGGUUCUAUUUGCAGUAUGUCAAGGAGCAUGGUGAGAACGAGUUUAUUAACAAUUAUGUUAGCAGGAUUUAUUCCAUCGGUUACAACACGAACUUCAGAACCCCCAACAGUUGA